GAUAAUAACUAAAUAGUAGGUACUUAAAAAUGUUUGUUUCAAUUGUAGACAAAAGGACAGUAGUGGAAUAAAUACUGUAUUUAACUAGAAAAAAGUCCAACCCAACUUUUGUUUUAAUAUAUAAUAGAAUAAUUUUAUUAAUGUAUAACGCCAUAUUUUCAGAUAAACCAAAAUGUUUCUGAGAUAAUACCAAGUUUAAAAACUGCUUUGCCAAUGUUAAGCGUAUGUCGUGAUAAAUCACCAGCCGAAAAGUUGAAGGCGAGAGAAAAGUUCGAAACACUCGUACUGGCCCUCACUGUUGAUGCAUCAACAAUUAUUGACAGGGUGGAAAGACAGAAAGGUCGACUGUUGGCAAUGGAAGACUCUAUAGCCACCGAGGUCGCGAAACUGUUGGACCUUUUAGAUGAGGUGAAAGGUCAAAAUCAGGACCCGUUUGUGGCGAAUCGCAUCAUUGUGUGUAUCGAACAGGUCAGCGUUGUGAUGAACGUAGCAUCAAAAACGGUAAUGACGGCCAUGAAGACUGGAUCGUUACAACAGGAACAGAACUUUAUACAUUCUAUGUGUACAUUAAUAAACUACGUUUCGGACGUUCAACGAGAUCUCGACAGUGUUACAAGUCAGCUCAGUGGCUUAAGUAAAAGCUCAAAAUCUCAAUCAUGCAAUUUGUUUGAAAUUCCGGAUAUUCUCUUAUUUGAAGAUAGAAACAAAGAUUAUAACGGUACCGGAUACGUUAAGACCACUGCCCUCGAUGAAGGACAAUCGCCUUAUGGAAGAUUUCUAAUUGAAAGAUGUUACAGAAUGUUCAAGUCGAGUGCCUUUUGCAUAUUUUAUCAACUGUGUGCCGCAACUAUUUUUAUCUAUGUAAUAACACUGAUAGUGGUGACAUGCCUUGGAGAUGAAGAUCUCUGCUCUCCCUUUAUUAAUGUUAAUUAUGGACACGGACCACGCCCAGUUUAAUUUUCUUUUCUUUUUACAAUUUAUUUUCUUUGUUUUAAAUAAGCCAAAAAGCGUAGUUACCUUCUUUUGAUACUAUUAUAGAAAUAUAAAGGUAUAUUUUCGUAUUGAUUACUUUUGUUAUUUUGUUAUAAAAUAAAUUUGUACAUACACAUUACUUGUUUUAUUUUUUUUUCCAAUUAAGAUAAACUAUAUUUGCAAUUUGAAAAGGAAGUUAUGCGUGUUAUACAAUUAAAUGAAAUUAUAACUGAUAAUGUGACCAAUUGUUUUUUUUUUUUUUUCGGUUCACACUAUCGGGUGUAUACUACUGUAUAUAUUUAUGGAAAAACAACAGGAAUGUAACGUGAACGUGAUUUAUUUAGAUCACAAGUGUUUUUUAAUAAGUAUAAUACAAAUUUACAGUUUCACAUUAUUACAGCACUUCAUCAAAAGGGAGAGAAUGAAGGAGAGUACGAGAAGAAAAUUGUUUUCGUAGUAAUAAAUAUUACAUGCUUUUUGUAUUCGUGCAUAUGAAAAAUAGUAUACAACGUUCCCACACCAUCGGUUUCACGUCCAGAAAAAUGAUAUUCCAACAGACAGUGUUUUUAAAAUUAUAUAAAAAUAACCAAAAAUAAAUGCAAUUGUCACAGUUACCUACAACUAUAAAAAAAAUAAUAAUGGCGCACGUUAACAACUGAAAUAUAAACUCUCAUUAUCGGUUUACUUUCGUUUGCGGCAAAUACAAGAAAAAC